UUGUAUGAGAAUGAGGACAGGUGCUACUCCUCCUUUCUGGAACCAAUCAGUUGUAAGGUCAGAUGUCACUGCUAUAUCAGCUCUGCAGUCCCACAACUCAUAGUCGAACCUCAGUGACGAGCAGCGGUGAGCAUUUGGAAGUUUUAUCACCAGAACAACUUUGAAGAGAUUUCUUGGUUUAAGAUCUUCUACAAUCAUGGCACCGAUUUUACUGAACUGUAUGGGGAAGGAGCACAAUGACUACAUCAAACAACAUGUCCAGGUGAAGAAUCCCUACUUGGACACCAUGGAGGAGGAUAUUCUCUACCACUUCAGCUUGAGCAACAAGACUCACAACCUUCCAGAGAUGUUUGGAGACGUUAAGUUUGUGUGUGUUGGUGGCAGCGCGAAUCGCAUGAAAGCAUUCGCCCAGUUCAUCCACCAGGAGCUGCAGCUGCCAGGAAACCCAGAGGAAAUCAGAGAUAUCUGUGAGGGAACUGAUCGUUACUGCAUGUACAAAGUGGGACCAGUGCUGUCUAUAAGUCAUGGAAUGGGCGUCCCCUCCAUCUCCAUCAUGCUGCACGAGCUCAUCAAACUGCUGCACCAUGCCCAGUGUCUAGACGUAGUCCUCUUUCGCCUCGGAACAUCUGGCGGAAUCGGUCUGGCUCCAGGGACCGUGGUGAUCACAGAGAAAGCGGUGGACUACUCCUUCCGUGCCCAGUUUGAGCAGGUGGUUCUGGGUAAAGUCAUCACCAGGAACACUGAGCUGGACGAGGGGGUGGCCAACGAGCUUCUGCAGUGCUCCUCCGAGCUGCAAAACAUUCCUUCAGUGAUCGGAAACACCAUGUGCACCCACGACUUCUACGAAGGUCAAGGCCGACUUGACGGGGCGCUGUGCUCCUUCUCUCACGCUGAAAAACUGGAGUAUCUGAGGAAAGCUUAUGAGGCCGGAGUGAGGAACAUUGAAAUGGAGUCCACUGUAUUUGCUGCCAUGUGCCGCAUCUGUGGUCUCAAAGCGGCUGUGGUCUGUGUUACGUUGCUGAACCGCUUUGAUGGAGACCAGAUCACCUCCCCCCAUGAUGUGCUGGUGGAGUACCAGCAGAGACCUCAAGUCUUAGUGUCCCACUUCAUCAAGAAGCGCCUGGGACUCAUUGUCUGAGACGUCUGCCUGUCCCAUCCCAGCCCCAGCGUCCCCAGAACAUGUAUAUAGCUUUGACUGAAUGUGGAUAUGUAAAUAUAAAUGUAUAAACUGUACUUAACAUGUUAAUAUGUGUAUUAGACACUUAUUUAAUAAACUAUUAAGAUUUCUGUGAUUUCUUUAAAGAUCUAAAAUAAGCUAAAAUUUGAAGUUAUGUCUAAAUUUAAGAAUGUAUUGUAUCUUCUGAUAUUUUAUAAUUUGAUGCUCAUGUACAGAAAGUUUUUUAAAAUAAUGGUCUUCUGUACGUUGAUAUUCAUACUUGACUUCCAAGAAAUGUCGAAAUCAAAUAUGUAUAAAGACGUCUCCAAAUUGCUCAUGUGAACAUUUGAAAUAAUAAUUGGUUUGUAGUCUCCUCAUGGUAGCAAGUUUUAGAGUUUUUUUUUCCUGUUAUAUGCUCAUUAGAUGAGAAGCACUUACAUUCCAUAGAUUUUCUUGAACGUGUUUUUAAAUACUCAGAGUAAAGAUUGUGCAAUAUAAGUUUGUUACAGACAGUGACAUAACAGGUGGAUACAAAUAUUGAUAAAUAUGCAGGGAAGUCAUUUGAAUUUGUUGUUGGAUAUAUAUGUUUAUUAUGACUAUGAAGAAUUGUGUGAUACUGUAUUUCUCAUUGGGUUCUGUAGAGUAUAAAACUAAAUAAAAAGAAUAAAAGUCAACAAUGG